AUGGUUGUGUGGCGCAUUCUCUACGUGAUAUUCGUGCUUGGUCUUUUCGGGCCGCGCACUCGAGCCCAUUCAUUUGCUGCGAAUCCGGUCCGCCGAGUCGAUACAGUCAAGCACAUCGAGUGGUUGACGAAUCCCGACGCAACGAGCCCCGAUGCCGUUCGCGACAUUAUCCUGAGCCUCUCCGACGAAGCCAGGGAGAUCAGGUUCCAGAUCGCGCCCAACCGGGAUGUCCUCUCUCGAAACCUGAAAGUCCAGCAUGUCCAGCAAGAUGGAAUCUCGCAACCUCUCCGGCAGACGCCGCACGCGCCGAGUGUUGUUUACAAAGGCUCCGCCUGGUUGAAAUCGGAACGCGAAGCAAGAUGGACUAAUGCUGGGUGGGCUCGACUUGCUCACCGGAAACGAGACGGCCGUCACUUGCUCGAAGGAGCUUUCCGACUGCACGGCGAGUCGUACCAUGUCGCCCUCGACUCAACCUACCGCCAAACCAGGAUGCCGAGAGAUCCGGAUGUUCCGCAGAGGAACUCGCCGUACAUGGUAGUCUGGAGAGACUCCGACAUAGUCCCCGACUAUGCUCAGGCAAAUCUGUUGGGGCGAUCGGUAGAUGGACCUUCAUGUGCCACUGACCACUACAACAACUCGGCGGUGAGCGACAUCUCUGCCCGUCAAAUCGGCCAGCUGCCAUUCGACCCCUUCGACACGAUAGGGUCGACCCAGGGAUGCUUCUCGACCCGGCGGGUGGCCCUGCUCGGCGUGGCGACCGACUGCACCUACACAUCAUCCUUUUCCUCCCCCCAGGACGCCCGUGACAACAUCAUCACCCAGAUCAACGUCGCCUCCCAGGUCUACGAGGACACCUUCAACAUCAGCCUGGUCAUCCAGAACCUGACCAUCAGCGACGCCUCGUGCCCAGCUCGCGAGACCUCGUCGACCCCCUGGAACGUCGCCUGCACCGCCGGCUUCGACCUGUCCUCCCGGCUCAACACCUUCUCGGCCUGGAGGGGCCAGUUCAACGACGGCAACGCCAUCUGGACCCUGCUGAGCGCCUGCAACACCGGGCAGGCCGUCGGCAUCGCCUGGCUCAGCAGCGUCUGCAGCCGCGGCAUGAGGUCCCAGGGAGGCCGCGGCGGCGGCGGGGGGAACGCCCAGAGCUUCGCCUCGACCAACGUCGUCGUCCGGACGCGCGCCGAGUGGCAGAUCAUCGCCCACGAGAUCGGACACAACUUCGGCGCCACGCACGACUGCACGCGGUCCGAGUGCGGAUCGGGGUCGAGCGCCCGGGGGUCCGGCAACUGCUGCUCGCUCAGCACGUCGACCUGCGACGCCGGCGGCCGCUACAUCAUGAACCCGGUCACGGGGACCAACAUCCAGGACUUCUCCCCUUGCUCCAUCGGCGCCGUCUGCACGGGCAUCGGGCGGGACGUCAUCGACACCAGCUGCUUCGUCAGCCCGGACCAGGCGCCCGACAUCAACGAGAGCGAGUGCGGCAACGGCAUUGUCGAGGGCAGCGAGGAGUGCGACUGCGGCGGCGAGGAGAACUGCCGGACGGACUUGUGCUGCGACCCGGCGACGUGCCAGCUCCGGGAGAACGCCGCCUGCGACCCGACCAACGACCUCUGCUGCACGGAUUCCUGCCGCGUCGCCAGCAGCGGGUUCGUGUGCCGCGGCAGCACCGGCACCUGCGACCCCCAGGAGACCUGCGACGGCAGGUCGGCCCAGUGUCCCACGAACGCCUUCGAGCCGGACGGCCAGUCCUGCGGCGACGGCGGGGGGCUGGCGUGCGCCUCUGGGCGGUGCACCUCGCGCGACCUGCAGUGUACGAACGCGUACAACGAGACGCAGGCCGAGGUGCAGGCCUGCGACAGCAACAGCUGCCAGUUGUCCUGCAACGUCCCCGGCGUGGGCUGCUCCAUGACCACGACCAUGCAGAACUUCCUGGACGGCACGCCGUGCGGCAGCGGCAGGAGGUGCUUGGCCGGCAGCUGUGAGAGACCAGACUCCGGAGGCAGCGGUGGCGGCGGUGGCGGCGGCGGCGGCGGCGGCGGAGGGAAUGGCGGUGGCGGAGGUGCCCAGGACUGGUUCGACAGGAACCGGAACUGGGUCAUCGGUGUCGCCGCCGGGGUCGGCGGGUUGAUCGUUCUCAUCAUCGUAUCCUGCAUGAUUUCAUCCUGCAGGAAGAAGAAAGGAGCGAAGACGUUGAUGAAGAGGGGAUCGGGGCCUCUGCCCGGUAUGGCGCACCCGGCGCAGCCGCCGCCGUAUCCGGGCCAGUAUCCGCCUCACCCGCCCCCGGCGAGAGUAAGAUAUGCAUAG